GUUCCCUCACGGGUCUCCGCCAAAAGUAUACCGCCAUCCAACAGACAUUUUCAGUCGUUGUUCAUGUACAGCUGUUCAACCUCUUAGGCCAAGUAUAUUAUAUUUUAAUUGUUUACUAUAGAAAUGCGUUGUAUAUAUUAUAGACAGUUGAUUACAAAAUUAAAUUGCCCCAAUCAAAUAGUAAGCGUUACAUCACAUGCACUUUUCUUCCCUUGAAAAAAAAAAAACCAUGAGCGGAUGCGGCUGGGCGCACUGACUGUUUGUGGUGAGCUGUCAGUGAGCUUGCGCGCUCAAUGUGUGACGAGAGGAAAGGAGCGAGGCAGCAACAAACGUGGCUGAAGGUUGGAACGGAUGGAAGAGCAGCGCCCGUAAUUGGUAGAACAACAAAAAAGUGGAGAGUCGGGGGGUGGGUGGGGGGGCUGUAUGUGAAACUCAAAGAAGUCGGGAUGGACGGCAAAGGCACAUUGAAGAUGUUCGCCCGAAAGAAACGGGAAUUGAUCAAAACCCCUUCCAUCUCGAAGAAGAGCCGAGCAGGAAGCCCUGGGCCACAGAGCUCAUCAUCACUGUCCAUUCUCCAGGAGCAGCCUCGUUACGAUGCUACCAACACACCACUCUCUUCCUCCACCUCCACCCUCCUAACUACCACCGGUGUCCAGCUGGACUCCUCUGUGUCCUGUCCCAGCACCCCCAGUGCCCAGCAUAGCAAACUGGUGGGGGUGGGCUGCCCGUCCCCAGGCGUCCCCAUGAAGAGGCCCACCGCCCUUAGCCGUCAUGCCAGCGCUGCUGGGUUCCCCAUCCACUCCUGGGUGUUCACUAAGGGCCAAGGUAAGGGCGCUGUCACCCCGACCACCCAGCUGGACAGCCCAGAGAGCACAGCCAUUGAGGUGGAGGACAUUCCCUCUCUGCUGAGGGACGUGGCCCGUUUCGCUGAUGCUGUGGAGAAACUGAAGGACGUCGUGUUGGGAGAAGACAAGCAGGAGAACCGUCGCCCUCUGGCCCAUGAGUGUCUGGGCGAGGUCCUGAGGGUUCUUCGACAGGUCAUUGGCACCUACCCCCUCCUCAACACCGUGGAGACCCUCACUGCUGCAGGGAAACUCAUAUCGAAGGUGAAAGGAUUUCACUAUGAGACGAGUAAUGACACAGACAAAAUGGACUUUGAGAAGGCCAUUGAGACAAUUGCUGUUGCGUUUAGUAGCAAUGUUUCAGAGCUGCUGAUGGGGGAGGUUGACAGUAGCACCCUGCUGUCCCUGGUGCCAACAGAGAAGAGCAGGUCUAUGGAGAACCUGUAUGGAGUGUCCGGCCAGGGCCUGGAGGGAGCUCAGAUGAGGAGUGACCCUCAGGACUUUGGCCGGGCUGAGGAGGUGGACAUCAUGCUGCAGCGUAGUGAAGGGGGAGUUGACUCUGCCCUGGCCUACGCCAAGACCAUCUCUAAAUACAUGAAGGACUUGAUGACCUAUGUGGAGAAAAGAACCUCACUGGAAGUGGAGUUUGCCAAGGGCUUACAAAGACUGUACCAGUCCAGCAAGCACAACAUCACUCAUCCCCACAUGCCCUUCUACUCCAUCUACUCCCUGGCUCUGGAGCAAGACCUGGAGCAGAGCAACGGGGUUCAGCAGGCCGCCUCCACCCUGCACACCCAGACCUUUCUGCAGCCCCUGAUUCAGCGGAAGCACGAGCACGAGAAAAAACGCAAGGAGGUCAAGGAGCAGUGGUACAGAGCCAAAAGGAAACUGAUGGAGUGUGAGGCGAACCUCCGGAAGGCCAAGCAGGCCUACAUGGCUCGCUGCGAGGAGCAUGACAAGGCCAAAGCUGCCGCUUGCAGAGCGGCUGAGGAGGAGGGAGGAGGCUCCACCACAAAGUCUCUGGGCAAGAAACUACGAGUGGAGGAAGAAGCUCGCAACAAGGCGGAGGAGGCGGAGGCUACCUACAGAACGUGUGUGGCAGACGCCACCACCCAACAGCAGGAGCUAGAACAUGUCAAGGUCAACGUGCUCCGCCUGCUUCAGGAGGUCAUCAAACAGAGUGACCAGACCCUGCGCUCGGCCACCAUCUCCUACUACCAGAUAAUGCACAUGCAGACGGUGGCGCUGCCUGUCCAUUACCAGACUCUGUGUGAGAGCAGUAAGCUGUAUGACCCGGGACAGCAGUACGCAGCCCACGUCAGAGACCUACAGCUCACUGGGGAACCAGAGAUCACCUACCAGUUUGAGCCUUACUCCGCCAGUGCUGCCUCCAACCAGCAGCCAAAUCGACCCCGCCACGACAGUUUCAAUGCUGACCAGCAGAGCCCCUCUGAAGGUCAGCCCAGCACGGGAGAGACCACGACUAGAGAGGAGCGCAGCGCUGAGUACGCCAGAAAGAGACAAGGCCACAAAUCAUGGGGUUCCACAGUGAGUGAUGCAGACAGUGUCGAAGGGGAAGGCGGCCUGGAAUCUCCAACCACCAGUUCAGCUGAUGUCAGUAAAAUGGUGCGCACCUCUUCCACUGGGACCAUGUCUUCAAACGAGGACCCCGAUGAGAAGGAUGGGAACGUGGCCUCUUUUGAAACCCCAAACAUAAAUGGCAUGGAGCCCGAGAUUGCGGUUCCAACUGGGCCUUUCCGGAACAUUGGGCUCUCCAAAGCCGCCCAGACUCAUCGCCUGCGUAAACUCCGCACCCCAUCCAAGUGUCGGGAGUGUGACAGCUACGUCUACUUCCAGGGAGCAGAGUGUGAGGAGUGUUUCCUGGCCUGUCACAAGCGCUGUUUGGAGACGUUGGCCAUCCAGUGUGGCCAUAAGAAGCUGCAGGGUAGACUUCAACUUUUCGGUAGAGAGUUCGCCCUGGUGUCCAGCAGUAGCUCUGAUGGCAUCCCCUUCAUCAUCACUAAGUGCAUCUCAGAGAUUGAGAGACGAGCCUUGAAGAUGAAGGGCAUCUACAGAGUGAAUGGAGUGAAGACUCGGGUGGAGAAGCUGUGCCAGGCCUUUGAGAACGGGAAGGAGCUAGUGGAGCUCUCUCAGUGUUCCCCCCAUGACAUCAGUAACGUCCUCAAGCUCUACCUCCGACAGCUUCCGGAGCCUAUCAUGCCGUUCCGCCUGUACAAUAACCUGAUGGGGCUAGCCAAGGAGAGCCUGCAGGCGGAGGGAGAGGAGGCAGGGACAGGGAAGGGACCAGAGUUGGUGGACCUGGGCCCAGAAACAGACCCAGCUGUGCUGGUUGUGGUAGAUAGACUCCGGGAGCUGCUCAAAGAACUGCCCAAGGCUAACGUAGCCACACUGCGCUACAUUACACGCCACCUGCGCAGGAUUGCAGAGCUGGAGCAGGACAAUAAGAUGAGUCCCAGUAACCUUGGCAUUGUGUUUGGCCCCUCUCUGAUGCGGCCCCGCCCCACGGGGGCCACAGUGUCCCUGUCUUCCCUUGUGGAUUACCCCCACCAGGCGCGCAUCAUAGAGACCCUGAUUGUCUUCUACACAGCCAUCUUCCAGUCUAAAUCCUCCAGCACCAGCAGUCGCCCGUCCUCCUCGUCCACUCUGCCUAAUGUCAGCGUUGAUGUUGAUAAGGGUUGCAGUGUCAUGGUGGCUGAUCAGGAAGUGCAGCAAGCCAAUGAGGAGCAGGGUAGAACAGACCUGGACAAGAUGGAGGAGGGCUGUGGUAGUUCUCCAGGCUCCCUGGGGUCCUGUGAACAGAUGGUCGACUCUGACUCAGAGUUGGAGGAGACUGGGAGGGGCUCCGCACAAAGGCCACACAGCCUGGUCAAACAGGAGAGUGAGGUCAGCACGGAGGAUGACCAGCUGAGCUGCAGGAACAGUCUGGACCUCUCCAGCCAGUCUCUUCCUCACACUUACCCUGAUCCUGACCAGGACCCGGACAGGGAGAGUCCCGGUCCAAAUGCCACUGACCACAGCCCCCCUGCGCCCCCAGACAGCGAGCCCCCGGAACUGGAGGGGUCUGUGCAGGAGCUGAGCAUCUCAUUGGCUGAGCUCAAUGUCAAUCAGUCCAACAACCAUGCUGUAGGCAUGGCAGGGCUGCCCACGGCACGGCUGUGUGGGGCAAAGCUCAGUCUGCUUCCCAGGGAUAGGGACUGGGAUCCAGAGUUCCUCUAACCACAGCCUGCUCAGUCAACUGCACGGAAAGGCUUUAUUGGAAUUGCAUCACAUUUUAUGUGCUGGUGUUUUUAAGUAUCCCGGUACUUCAAUAGUGGUGUAAUAAUUUUCUUUGGGGGGGGUAACAGUCCAGAUCCUGGUUUUAAUUUUGGUAUUAGACUAUCAUAUUGAAAAUACUACAUGGCACAUCUAUUAUACAUGCUUAGUUAUGGCUGUCUUCUGCUGUCACUCAUUAUUGUUAAAGAGGGCUGUGACGAUACCAGUAUUGACGUUUCUUAAAACCGAAAUCAGACUUCAGUCUUUGGUACUUCCAAAUCUGCUGUAUGUUGUGUUACUAGGGGAAUAAUACAAACUGUUACAAGUCAAACAUGUAACGUGUUUAGUUUUUGUCCCACAGUACUAAAGAUUAUCUCAAUAUUUGUAUUGUCACACCUUUAACUAUACUGAGCUGUGAAUUAACAAUUUAUAAUAUCAGUGCCUAAAUCAUGCCUAUUUGGCAGUCUCUUUUUAAAAGCUUACAUGUGUAUAGUACUGAGAUGUCUGUCACCUGUGUGAUUGUGUUCAAUGCAUUUUGAAUUAUUCCAGGUAUUUAAAGUGCUGCUGGUUUUGUUUCAGCACUAUAUUUGACAAAAAAGUGUCUUUAAAUUGUAUUGGUUUUAUUAAAAGUUAGUCUUGGCUUAUGUUGGAUGGA